GCAGAGCCCAGAUCCUUCCGGCCCCGGGUCCUGCCACGCGCCAUGCCGUGGGCCCGGCCUGCAGCAGGCCUCCUGUUGGCCCUGCUGUUUAUUGGGACGUUGGCUGAUGAAGAGUCCUGCAGGGACCGCUGCACGGAAGGUUUUAACGCCAACAAGAAAUGCCAGUGUGACGAGCUCUGUUCCUACUACCAGAGCUGCUGCACAGACUACAUCACUACCUGCAAACCCCACGUGACCCGUGGAGAUGCAUUUGCUCUGCCUGAAGACGAGUACAUAGACUACCCCGACCGGAGCGCUAAUACUUCCAACGCCAACGCCACGGCCGACCUGAUUGAGCAGGAAACCCUCCUGGACCCCACGGCGGUCCCAGAGGAGCAGGAGGAGACCACGAGCUCGAGCAAUCUCCUGGGCACGGAGGUCCCGACUGAGGAGACGGAGGUGCCGUGCAGCGGGAAGCCCUUCGACGCCUUCACCGACCUGAAAAACGGCUCACUCUUUGCCUUCCGAGGGAAGUACUGCUACGAGCUGGAUGAGAAAAGUGUGCUCCCCGGGUACCCCAAGCUGAUCCGCGACGUGUGGGGGAUCGAGGGGCCCAUCGAUGCCGCCUUCACCCGCAUCAACUGCCAGGGGAAGACCUACCUCUUCCAGGGCAGCCAAUACUGGCGCUUUGAGGACGGCGUUCUAGAUGACGGCUACCCCCGGAACAUCUCAGACGGUUUCCAGAACAUUCCUGAUGAUCUGGAUGCCGCUCUGGCCCUGCCUGCUCACAGCUACAGUGGCCGCGAGCGGGUUUACUUCUUCAAAGGGAAGAAGUACUGGCAGUAUGAAUUCCACACUCAGCCCAGCCGGGAAGAGUGUGAGGGCAGCUCCCCUUCGGCUGUGUUUGAACACUAUGCCCUGCUGCAGCGGGACAGCUGGGAAGACAUCUUCCAGCUCCUCUUCUGGGACAGCAGGCCUGGAGGGGCGAGCCCACCCCAGUACAUCAGCCAAAACUGGCGGGGGGUGCCGGGCCGCGUGGACGCCGCCGUGGCCGGUCGCAUCUACCUAUCCACACGCUCGUCCACCCGCUCCACCUGGGCCCAGAAGCGCAAGACCCGACGCAACCGCAAACGCUACCGCCUCCGCAACCGUUCCCGCUCCCCCGGCUCCGCCCGCUCCCUGUGGAUGUUGUCCUUCCUCACGGACCCCGAAUCGGAGGAGGAAGAGGAUGAUCGGUUUGUGCCCUCGGGGUGCCAGCCCAUCCAGAGUGUCUACUUCUUCGUGGGAGACAAAUAUUAUCGGGUCAACCUGCAGACUCGGCGGGUGGACACAGUGAAACCGCCCUAUCCACGGCCCAUUGCCCCUUACUGGCUGGGCUGUCUGGGCUCCGAGAGCCUCUAGACACCACGUCCGAUUUGCCAGGGGCUCCUGAGUCUCUCCGCGUCUCCCAGCGCUGUGCUAAUAAAGUCCUUUCAGGGUUGGGGCUCUGCCCAUCCGUUGACCCGAUGCUGG